CAGUCGGGAGCUGGCGGCGCGGGGAGCGGGCGGAGGCGGCAGCGGUGGGGCGGGGUCGGGGCGCGGCGAGGCGGCGGCGCGUGCCAUGCGCGCGGGGGGGCGGGCCCGGCGGCGUUAACCCCUCGGCGGCCGGCGGCGCGUUAACCCCUGAGUGCUCGGCGGCCGCGCCAUGGCGCGAGCGGCCUGAGGGGACGCGGCGCCUGGCGGGGGCGGCCCCGAUGCGCCGCGGCAGCGCCUGUCCCUGAGGGAGCGGAGCCGCGAAACCAUGGCCGACGCGGCGGCCGCCGAGGCAGAACCGGAGCCGCAGCCGGAGCCCGAGGCGCAGCCGGAGCCGCAGCCCGAGCCCGAGGCGCAGCCGGGGCCCGAGGCGCAGCCGGAGCCGCAGCCGGAGCCCGAGGCGCAGCCCGAGCCACAGCCCGAGCCGAAGCGCGGCGACGCUGCCCCGGCGGCGGCGGCGGCGGCGGCGGGGGACGGCGAGGCCGAGCCGCUGCCGCCGCGCGGGGCGGCUGAGGAGGCGGCGGCGGAGGGCGCGGGCGGCGCCGCGGGGCGGCCGGCGGCGGGCGCCGCGGGGCGGCCGGGCCUGGCGGGGCCGCGGUACCGGGCGGCCGUGGGGCGCACCGCGGAGUGGCCCGUCAAGAAGAAGCACCGGCGGCGGCCGUCGAAGAAGAAGCGGCGCUGGAAGCCCUACUCGAAGCUGAGCUGGGAGGAGAAGCAGCAGUUCGACGAGCGGCAGAGCCUGCGCGCCUCGCGGCUCCGCGCCGAGAUGUUCGCCAAGGGGCAGCCCGUGGCCCCCUACAACACCACGCAGUUCCUCAUGGAGGACCACGACCAGGAGGAGCCCGACCUCAAGACGGGGCUGUACCCGCGGCGGGCGGCCGCCAAGUCGGACGACACGAGCGAGGAGGACUUCCUGGAGGAGGCGGCCGAGGAGGACGGCGGCAGCGACGGCAUGGGGGGCGACGGCAGCGAGUUCCUGCAGCGGGACUUCUCGGAGACCUACGAGCGGUACCACGUGGAGAGCCUGCAGAACAUGAGCAAGCAGGAGCUCGUCAAGGAGUACCUGGAGCUGGAGAAGUGCCUCUCGCGCAUGGAGGACGAGAACAACCGGCUGAGGAUGGAGAGCAAAAAGCACGGGGGGGAGGCGGCGGAGGCGGCGCGGGUGCGGCAGCUGGAGCUGGAGGUGGACAGGUUGCGAGCCGAGAACCUGCAGCUGCUGCAGGAGAAGGACCUGCACGGCCAGCCGGCCCCCUGCCAGCUGGGGGAGUGACGCUCGGGGGGCGGGAGGGGGGGCUUUUUACAGUGGUGGGAUGUAACAUUAUCCACUUGUGUACAGAGACGCCGGCGGACCCUUUCUACGACGCGGACUCGCAACGUCCCCAGCGCCGCUGGGGUGGACGCUCUCGGUGUAGUGUAGUGCGUGUUGCUGUUCAGCCUGUGUGCAGCUUCCCCCCCUCCUUUUCUUUUAGGUGGCUGUGGCGGGGGCUAGGGGAGGGGUUGAUGUAUAAGUGAACUUGAUUUAUGCUUUUUUUUUUCCCCCUUUUUUUUUGUUUUUUUUUCUCGUGUUUAAACCAAAAAUGAUCCCCAGGAAACCUGUAAAUUGGCCAAAACUGACUAUAAAAACUAUAGAGGUCUAAUAAAUUUAAUUACUUGUAACUGUAA